AAACCAUGUUUAAAUCAGCUUCAUCAGAAAUCCCAGAUUCUUAUUAUCAAACCGAACCCAGCUUAGUCAGGCCAAGGAGUCCAACCCCAAGGCGUACUCUUUAUCUAUCAAACCUUGAUGAUCAGAAGUUUCUGCGAUUCUCAAUUAAAUAUAUCUAUCUUUAUAAGAAAUCAGUAAGCGUAGAGAGCUUGAAAUCUUCAUUAUCAAGGGUUCUUGUUGAUUACUACCCUUUGGCUGGGAGGUUAAGGACGAGUGCAGAAGAUGAAGGCAAAUUUGAGGUUGAUUGUAAUGGAGAAGGUGCUCUGUUUGCUGAAGCUUUCAUGGAUCUCACAGCUGACCAAUUUCUUCAAGCUUCCAGGCGGCCAAACCGUUCUUGGAGGAAGUUCUUGUAUAGGUUAGAUUCUCGUAAUUUCUUGGAUAUCCCUCCUCUAGUAAUUCAGGUGACUAAUCUUAAUUGCGGAGGAAUGAUCCUGUGCACCGCUAUCAAUCAUUGUUUGUGUGAUGGUAUCGGCACAUCUCAAUUCUUGCAAGCAUGGGCCCACCUCACCUCAAAAUCUGAUGAUGUUCUCCCCAUCUCACCAUUUCACGAUCGCCACCUGUUGAGUCCAAGUAGCAUUCCAAACAUAACCUUCACACACCCUGAAUACACCGGUACUACACCUCAUCAUCAUGAGGGCAUUAAUGGAAUUCACUUCCUUGAACAGAUGCUGAAAUCCCAGUCGCUCGUCCCGAUAAGCGUAACCUUCAAACCCUCUCAUAUCCUUAACCUGAGGAAGCACUGUGUGCCGUCGCUAAAAUGCACCUCUUUCGAAGCCUUGGCGUCACACACGUGGCGCUCUUGGAUUCGAUCUCUAAUCCCGCCGGCGUCUCUGAAGGUGAAGCUUCUGUUUUCAGUGAACGUGAGGAAGAGAAUGAAACCAGAGCUCCCAAGGGGAUAUUACGGGAAUGGGUUCGUGCUAGGGUGCGCCGAGACGACAGUGAAGGAGUUGGUGGGUUCAAACAAGAACAUUCACCACGGGGUGAAGGUAGUUCAAGAGGCUAAGGCAGUGUUAACGGAAGAAUACGUGAGGUCUAUGAUAGAUUAUCUGGAGGAGCGACGUGCGAAACCGGAUCUGUCGACGAGUUUUGUGAUAUCUCAGUGGGCGAAGUUGGGUUUAGAGGAUUUGGAUUUUGGGGAAGGGAAGCCUGUGCAUAUGGGUCCUUUAGCUAGUGAGAUUUAUUGUCUGUUUCUGCCCAUCGUGGGCGACUUGGAUGCGAUUCGUGUGUUGGUGUCGGUGCCUGAGAAGAUUGCAGAGAAAUUUGAGUACUACAUGAAGGAUAUCAUGGGUGCAGAAGAGGAGAAGGAGGAGGAGGAGGAAGCUAGGGAGUGGCACAAGAAGUCAUUCAAACUUUCAAGUUUCAUGCCCUGUAAUUGA